CGCUGGUAAAUACUCUUCAUUCCCACCACUCACUCAUAACGGAGUCCCCUUUCCUCUACUCUCGCUACAUGGCUUCGUACCCUCUCCUUCUCUUUUGCUUCUUCGUGUUCUCCUCCUCCUCUCUCGAUCUCUUCCGCUUCUCCGAUGGGGCGAGGACGCUCACCGCGCUGGUGGAGGAGCAACCCCUAGCCCUAACCUACCACAAGGGCGCGCUCCUCUCGGGCCCCAUCUCCAUCAACCUCAUCUGGUACGGUAAGUUCACCGCCUCCCAGCGCGCUACGCUCACCGACUUCGUCUCCUCCCUCUCCUCAGCGGCCCCUCCUCAGCCGGAGCCCUCGGUCGCCGCGUGGUGGAAAACCACGGCCAAGUACUACGCCCAGUCGAAGGCCAGGUUCCCCGCGCUCACCCUCGGGGCGCAGGUCCUGGACGAGUCGUGCUCGCUCGGGCGCUCGCUCGCCGAGCCGCAGCUCGUCGAGCUCGUGCGCCGCGGAGCUCCGCGGCGCGCCAUCAACGUGGUCCUCACCGCCGAUGACGUGGCGGUCGAGGGCUUCUGCAUGAGCCGGUGCGGGUCCCACGGCUCGUCGCCCCGGUCCAGAGCGGGCCGGUUCGCGUACAUCUGGGUCGGGAACUCGGCGGUCCAGUGCCCGGGCCAGUGCGCGUGGCCCUUCCACCAGCCCGUCUACGGCCCGUUGACGGCGCCUAACGGCGACGUCGGCAUCGACGGCAUGGUGAUCAACCUCGCGAGCAUGUUGGCUGGGACGGUGACGAACCCGUUCCGUAACGGGUACUACCAGGGACCCGCAGAGGCUCCGUUAGAGGCCGCGACGGCGUGUACGGGGGUGUACGGGAAGGGCGCGUACCCGGGUUACGCUGGGGACCUCUUGGUGGACCCCACCACGGGGGCCAGCUACAACGCGAAUGGGGCCCACGGGAGGAAGUAUCUCGUCCCCGCGCUGUUUGACCCGUCAACGUCUACGUGCUCCACCUUGGCGUAGGAUUUGGGGGGAUACGGGGAGGAAAUAUUUUUGUUGGAUUAUAUCUAUUAUUAUAGUAUUUUAUAGCGAGUAUAUUGUAAAAGAGUAGUUUGUGUAAUUCUUUCAUUCGUUGGAUGAAAUUAAAUUCCGGUUACAUUA